CCCGCCUCUUCCGUUUUCUUGAGAUCCGGUCUGGCGUGGCGGGUGAUUUGAAACUCAGUCGGUGUUUCCGGUCGCCGCGCCUGCGUUGGUUUUUCCCUUUUGAGAGAAAAAUAAAAACUGCCAAAAAAACACGAAAAAGUCAAAAGGACAGAAAUCCAUCCUGCGUGUAAACCUGAGCGUCGAGCAUAUGGAGUGCUUCAGACGCCGAAACCGGCCGCGCUUGUGUAUUUGGGAAUACGUUAAAAGUAAAUAAAAACGAAACUUUGCUCGGCGCUUUUGUGAGUUUUUUUUUUUUUACAAAAAAUGUCCACUCGAAAAAAACGAGCGGCGUCGGCUGGCGUCGAAAUGAAAAAAAACAACGAAGACCACGAUUCCAGUCUUCCGGUGAGACGAAAGUCCGAGCGGACAUCCGUGACGGACAACAAACCCUCGGACCCGCUGCCGAGUGAAAUAGGAAAGGCUCCCGCUCCUCCUAAGAAAUCCAUCACAGCCAGGAAGAUCGUUCCCAGGAAAACCCAGGCGGUGGGUGUGUUCUCUGCGUCGCGUCGCAGUCCUCGUGUGAGUGACGCUGCUCCUCAGAUUCAUCGCAGCCCCAGGGGCUCUUUGCUGUCGUCUGGAGAAGCAGACAAAGAAAACGCUGUCCGACGCCCUUCCUCCUCCUCUUCCUCCUCCUCGUCUCCAUCCAAAAACGCAAAGAAUUCAGAGAAUAACUCUCCGAUCAGGAACGGCAGAGACGCCUUGAACGCCAGCAACCGAAAAUCAUCCCGGAACGACCCCCGCUCCAAAAACACCCUGUCCCCCGUCGCCCCCUCCGCAGGCAGAGCCGGGGCACCCCCAAACGAGGAGCCCCGAGACCAGCCGAACCUGAUCUGGUCCAAGAAAGUGCGGAGGUCCUACAGCCGCCUGAGCGCUGGAUCCUUCGACGGGACGCCCUCGGGGUCCCCCCUGCCUCCCCGGCCCGACAGGCUCUCCCUGUUUGGUUUCGAGGGGCUGUGUGGGGUCUCUCCUGUGAGGGGUGGCGGGGGCCGCAGUCUGCUUGAGGGGGCCGGCGCGGGAGUCGCUGAGACGAGCCCCCCAGCCGUGGAGCAAGACUUCGACAUCCCAGGAGUGGCGCUUGUGAAGGAGAAGAGGAGGAGGAAGAAGAAAGUGCAGCAGAUACAGAUGUCGGAGCUGGACUGUCUGGCUGCUCUGAUGAACGCGGAGUUCGAUGCUGCAGAGGAGUUUGACCUGUGUGUGGAGUGAGAGAGAAA